AAAAUGUUAAAAAUGAAAGCUACAAAGCCAAAACAAUGAAAAUUAGAUGAUUCUGAUGAAAUGAUGGACAUCUCAGUUGUGGCUGAGAGAGGUAGCGGGAGCUUCUCUCGCCCUAGCGACCUCAUCACUGAGCAUGAUCAGAGUCCGAGCAGAUGGAGGGAUAUUAAUCCUCUUGAUACUUGUACGACUAAGAAAUCUAAGACUCAAAUGACUAAAAACCUAUCGGUGACUAACUUCAAUGAUAUUCCAAGAGAAACUAAUGUGCUGUUUAAGAACCUUAACAAAGAACUUGAAGAGUACUAUGACAGAUCUACAUACGGCAAGAUCUGACUCAAUCCUAACCCAAUGUCUGAAUACAAAGAAGCUUCCCCUAAUUUCAGAUUGCUGGCUAAGACCAGAAUUAGCAAGAACGCAACACUGUUGCGAGAUUUCUUGCAGAACAAGUUCAAAGGGAGAAAUUCACAGGAAAGAUACUCUGAUAUUGCUAACCUAUAUCACUCAAAAGAAGUCACUAAGUCUACAAGUUGUAGCAAUCUUUUCCAGAGAAGAGCUACUCAAAUGUGCCCUUUUGUUAAGAGAAUUGAUAUCUUGAAUGAUGACGAUUCUUGUCUACAAGAACCAGAGCCAAAAGAAUCUAAAGAGCAUAAAGAAUGGGACAAGGAGAAUCUGAUGAAGAAGUUUCAAAGUGAAUGGCGUAAAGCUGGAUCUUUCAAUGAAAACUGAGAAGAAGAUACUGAUGAGUCAUUAGAAGCAAAGAUAAAGCAGAGGCUGGCUAGGAUGCAUUCUAAUGGAAAAUUCUUGAGUGGCAAGAAUAAAUGGAACAAGAAGAUGACUCAUGCUUUGCUGAGAGAGAAGAAUGGCUCUACUGUGCAAGUGAGUAAACUAAUUUCGUUGAGAAGUGGAAAAUUUAGAAGAGAAUCGCAGGGAAGCAAAAGAAUUAAAGCUAAUAAGUCAUUUACUAAGAUUAAAAAGACACACUCAAAAGUGAGAUUGUUGGUGCAUCCUACUUCUCAAAAGAAGCCCUCUCGAUAUCCUUUCAAAAUCUCUAAUCAAACUCAAAAAUCACAAAAUCAAGCCUCAAGCAUCCCCAAGUCCCUAAAACCCUCAAACUCAAGCUUACUCACCCAAAAGGCCAUCCUUGAGUACCUAAACACCUCAAAGAAGUACAAAAAGACAUCUCCAGCCCUCACCACAAAAUACAUGUUCAAAAUCUCAAAAAUCCUCGAAGCCCACAAGCAUCCCCUCUAAUUCUCACUAACCUUCAACCUCCCUGA